AUGCCACACAAAGAUACCAACUCGUUGCCCAACGGCACCAACAGCACAGACGGUACCUCGGAUUCUUCCGCCAACCGCCUCGCAGCAACGGGAAAUACCCUCGGCGCGUCCGCCUUUGGCACAGGCAUGGACCAGAACAGUGGCACGAUACCCGAAUACUUGUCCACGGGAUCGGAGGAUCUCAGGCCUUUGAGCAAGGAGGAAGCGGAGAGAUUGUACGAGGAGAGAAUGGAGGAGGAAUAUGCGAAGCGGGAGGGUGGUGCUUAA